GGAAGAGGAAGAGGUGGACGGGGAAGUGGGGAGGAAAAGGGAUGGAAAUGGAAAAGUGUGGAGAGGAAUAAGAGGUUGGUCAAGUUGCGGAAUCCGGACUCGCCGAUGGGUAAAGAGGAGGAGGGGGAGUGGAGGUUUAGAAUGGUUUGUUUACCGCUGCAUCGGUUGGGGAGGGUUUUGCUUGGGAAUUUGGAGGGGGGCGAUGCGGAUGAGAAGGAUAGAGGGGGUGAAGAAGAGGGUAAGGGGCAGGGAAACGCGAAGGCAGAGGUGAAGGCGAAGGCAGAGGUGAAGUGGGGGUGGGAGGUUGUUGAUGUUGGCGAGGAUGAGAAGAAGGCAGAGAACGAGGGAAAGGCGUGGGUGAAAGUUAAAAAGCCAGACGGAACAACCGAGUUGUUAAAACUAAGCCGACUACGUCGUAGGCUGCGACGGCGCCAAUCAUAUAGCACCCACCCUCCGCAAGCGCCUCUGGGGCUCUAGCAAAGACUCGUUCCCGGGUUCACAUGGGACAUUGGACAAGCAAAUCGUUGCGACGAACGUGUAUUACGACUUUGACAAGUUCGACUACGACGACAGCCAAUUCUUCAUUGACCAGAAGCAUUGGCACAUGGUGCUUUAGUCCGUAUAAAGUCCAUCAGAGGUGUGUGGAGAGGAUGAGGGUUGGGAGGCUUCUGUUGGUGGCGGAUGCGGCGCAUUUGUGUAAUCCUUUUGGCCGUCUCGGUCUCACAGGAGGCAUCGCGGACGUAGGCAGUCUCUACGAGUGCCUGGUCGGAAUCCACACGGGAAAAGCAGAUGACAGUAUCCUGGACAGGUACGAUGAGGUAUGGCAUGAUAUCGUCAACCCGACUUCAUUGCAUAAUAUGAGACGGUUGUUCUCUUAUGAGAACCCGGAUGAUCAUGACGCGUUGGACACUCAGGGAGCCAUUCUUAGGAUGCUCAAAGAGAUGGAGGUGGGUGCUAGUUGCCAUCACCCGUGAGGUGCACUUUCCUUAUGAAGUGAAUGGAGGAGGAAGGAGUUUGACUGACCGAUGAAAGUGAGAGGGCAGGCCAGGGGAGGAGUUCAACUUCGUCAUGACAUGACACAGUACUAUUCCAAGUGAAGAAGGAACAGUAGGUACUCAGCUUGGCAAGUCGGAUGGGAAGCUUUCGGUUAGUUGCGGUUCCUAGCUGAGUCUGCCUUCAAGCGAAAGACACACAGGGAAGGAUCCGUUGAUCCCGCUAUCUGUUAAGGAAAGUGCUGCUCGAUCAUACUUUCCUGGAGUGUCUUCCGAUCGGAAAGUGGAGGUUGCUGCCGUUGAUCUGGAGACAGAAGACGAAUAAACUGGUCGGGGUUUCAAAAUGCCAUGCUGCGCCUCCCACAGAAGAGCUGAACAACUCAAAAUCCAG